AUGCUGAGCUCAAUAAGAAGUUUGACUCUGCUCUCAGUCAUAUUCUCCGUUAUUUCUGCGGGUGUGUGGCCUGAACAAGUGCAUCUGGCUUUCCAUGGCGAUUAUUCCACAAUGGCUGUGGUCUGGACUACAUUCCAGUAUGAUAAUACACAAGUCAUCUACGGAGACGAUCCGAACAACUUACUAAUCUAUGCAACUGAUGAAGGUGUAAAGAAAUGGAUGUCCGGAACCAGCACGCGAUACUCACAUAGAGCAAUGAUGAGGAAUCUAAAGCCUUCGACUGACUACUAUUACCAAAUUGGAACUAGGCGAUUUUCCUUCAAAACGUUAGCGAAGGAUCCUCAGACAUAUAAGGCAUGCAUAUUUGGAGAUCUUGGCUAUUUUCAUGGUAAUUCCACCGAAAGUUUGAUAAGGAAUGGUCUCGCUGGGAAAUUCGAUUUUAUUAUUCAUCUCGGAGACAUAUCCUAUGAUUUGCAUACGGAUAAUGGAACAAAUGGUGACAAGUACAUGAACCAGCUUGAACCAUUGCUGUCUAAGGUACCGUACAUGGUGAUUGCUGGGAAUCAUGAAGAUGAUGGGAAAAAUUUUACUGACUACCAAGAACGCUUCUGGAUGCCCCACAAUGGCUAUCAUGACAAUCAGUUUUACAGCUUUGAUCUUGGUCCCGUGCAUUGGGUUGGUGUCAGCACAGAGUAUUAUGGAUUUUAUUAUCUUUAUGGACAGGGACCAGUGCUGACGCAGUACGCUUGGCUCGAAAAUGAUCUAAAGGUUGCGAAUCAGAAUCGCCAAAAAGCUCCUUGGAUUGUGUCGUUCCAACAUCGUCCAUUUUACUGCAGCAACACAAAUUCAGCAGAAUGUCAGGCAUUUGAGAACAAAUUGGUCCGCACUGGAUGGCUCGACAUGCCCGGACUAGAGCCGCUUUACCUCGAGCAGAGCAUGGACUUGUCGUUCUGGGGACACGAGCAUUCUUACGAGCGUUUUUACCCUACUGCUGACAAACAAUACUGGAGUGAUGUAGGAAAAUGCCUACACCAAUCCCAAAGCUCCUGUCUACAUAAUCAGUGGAUCAGCGGGUUGUCACACACCGGACGCAGAGUUUUCAUCAACUCCAUGGCCUUUCAGUGCAGCAAGGAUCAAUGA